AAUCUGACUUUCUACUGGUAUUAUGUCAAUACCCUAAUGUGUUUGUUUUUAUCAUUAUCUAAUUGAAUUCAAUUUUAUCUUUUUUUUCAGUUUUUUGUUAUGUGCAUAGUAAGUGUGUUUUUCCUUCUUCCAAAUGGCCGCUAAAGAUAGUGAACUUUGGAUCAAAGCUAGUCAGGCACUAACUGCCGUUCCAAGUGAAUAUACCACUGUAGUUUCACUKGCUAAAGAGGUUAAAGAAUUAGUAAGAAGUGCGGGAUCUCCGUCAAAUUCUUCCUACAUGUUGCAAGAGCAGCUAAUAGGUGCAAAAAGAAGUUCAGACCGAAGAUCAAUCGCCCCUCAUGUUCGUACAACUAUUCAUAACACAGAUGAAAUGAUGGCUCAAUAUGUUAGAACUCCAAAUGAUACCAAUGAUCCCAGUUACACUCAGUUAAAACUACCCUACAGUGUGGUAUGCAGGCAAAGAUAUAGGAAUGCAGCAAAACAGCAAAAAGCCGAUUUUAUCAAAGAAAUUCAAGCCCACGAGUUGUUAGCAGAGAAAGCUCUAGACGGAGUAAGAAUUCAUCGAGAAUUUUGCAAUCCCAUUAUAAGUCCAGUGAAAGAAAGUGAAUUAAUAACACUAACUAAGGAGCAGCAGGAAAGAAUAGAGAAAAUUUUAAGCACUCCCUAAGACAGUAUUAAUACAUUUUUAUAGAAGA